AUGGCUAUCCUUGGAAGGCUUCUCAUCAAAGAUAAGCUUUUGCAAAUGGGGAUUGUUGUGGGGAGAAAUGUGUUUUCUGUAAUGAAUUUGGAAAUCAGGAACCAUUUGCUCUUUGAAUGCUAUUUUGUUCAAAGGAUAUGGAAAGCUAUUUUGGUAACGUGUAACCUCCACAGAGCUGUUAUGAGUUGGGAGGAGGAGCUUGAGUGGGCGUCUUCGCAUCUUAAGGGUAAGUCUUUAAUUUCAUUUAUCCUUAGAAUUGCUAGGAAAGCAGUUGCUUAUUGUGUGUGGGAGCAAAGAAAUAGCAGGCAGUUUAAUAAUUUUACUAGGGACUGA